AUGUCUCUGCGGCUACACGAAUUCAGCGAAGGUGCUGACUGGUCGUCAUGGAUCGAACGCCUGGCGUUCUACUUCGAAGCCAAUGAAAUCACCCAACCCACGAAGAAACGGGCGUUUCUUCUAAGCCAAUGUGGUGAGCGGACAUAUCAGACCAUACGAGCCCUUGUCCACCCUCGACUUCCAGCCGAAGUGGAUUAUGCCGAACUUGUGCAAAUUCUGAGUGGACACUUCGACCCUAAGCCUACCGAACUUCUGGGACGCUGCAAGUUCCACAAACGGGAUCAACUUCCCUCGGAAUCUAUUUCACAGUACGUGACGGAGCUUCGAAGUAUUGCGAAGGAAUGCAACUUCGGAACACCAGCAGCGACGAAUUUGCAAACCACUGCAGAGUCAGGCGAUGCAGUAGCCCGGCCGGCCGACCCCGUUCCAGCUUUGGACACGUCGCUACCGCUCAACGUAAUGUUGAGAGACAGGCUGAUUUGCGGAGUUCGAGACCCAGCGCUUCAACAGCGUCUACUCACAGAACGGAACAUUACCUUCGAACGCGCUCUGGACCUAGCCUUGGCUGCAGAAUCCGCUUUAAACCAGCAGGCCCACAUCAAAGGAUUGGGGGACUCUCAGCAAAUUAACGCAAUGGCCAAGAAGGUUCCCAAUAAGAAGCGGAAGAAGGAUCGGCAACAUUCUCAGCCAUGUUUUCGCUGCGAUGGACAGCAUGAUCCAUCGGGUUGUCGAUUCAGGGACGCCGUUUGCCACUUCUGCAAAAAGAAAGGGCACAUCGAAAAGGCCUGUAGGUCCAAGAAGUCACAGAUGAAGGAUCGGACAACAAAUCAGUUGCAGCCAGAGCACGAAGACGUUACAGUACCGUCAGUCUACACGCUGCAUAACGUACGCUCCGAAGUAGCUCCGAAGAUAACCAUGGCUUUGAGGCUCAAUGACGUACCACACGUAAUGGAGGUAGAUUCAGGCGCCGCUUUUUCGAUUAUUGGCGACGACACAUACAGGAACUUAUGGCGUACUCGACGUCCAAAGCUUCAGCCAGAACCAACAACUUUGUCAACUUGGUCGGGCCAACCGUUGACACUUCUGGGGAAGAUCUCGGUUACCGUUCAGCUGGACGACAGCACGCAUGUUCUACCCCUACGAGUAGUGAAGGGAGCUGGCUCAUCUCUCUUAGGGCGCGACUGGUUCCAGUACCUCGGAAUCUCCGUCAAGGUCAACCAGAUGCGCAUGGCUGAGACAGUCGAUACGGUACUGGCACAGUAUUCGGACGUCUUCGAUCCGGCUUUCAACGGACACAGUGGCACUCCAGUGCACAUCACCAUGAAACAGGAGGCUUCACCAAAGUUCUUGAAAGCUCGGCCUGUACCUUUUGCACUCCGGGACGCGGUGUUUAAGGAACUCGAGAAGCUCGAAACACAAGGUAUCUUGGAACCUGUGCAAGCUUCAAGAUGGGCUACGCCAAUUGUGAUCGUUAGAAAAAAGGAUAAUACCCUCCGGAUUUGCGGGGAUUACCGAACGACAGUAAACGCAAGCGUGGAAUUGGCGUCGUACCCGCUGCCAACGAUAGACCAGCUUCUGUCAACGUUACGAGGAGGAAAGUUUUUUUCAAGAGUGGACCUGACUCAAGCAUAUCAACAGCUUCGUGUAGACGAUGCCACGGCGGAAGCACUAACAAUCACUACACUCAAGGGAUUGUUCAAGGUGAAACGUCUACCGUUCGGAGUUUCCGUCUCCCCGCUGGUUUUUCAGCAAUUCAUGGAUCAACUCCUCAUGGGGCUUGACGGCGUGGUCGUCUAUCUUGAUGAUAUUUUGAUUUCCGCCGCAACCAUGGAAGAACACAGCGGCCGUCUCACAGCCGUACUACAGAGGCUCAGGCAAGCUGGGCUAAAAGCAAAACGGGAGAAAUGCAUCUUUGGCGUGCAAGAGCUUGAGUUUUUGGGACACAUCGUCAACGCAGAAGGCGUUCGACCUUCUCACAGCAAAAUACAGGCUAUCGCCGAUGCUCCACCACCCACAAACAAAGCGCAGCUGCAGUCCUUCCUGGGCAUGCUGGCAUUCUACUGUAAAUUCAUCAAAGACCGAGCUACAAUUGCAGAGAGUCUGCAUAGGCUUUUGGAUGCGGAAGCCCCUUGGCGUUGGGAAGAAAAACAUCAAAGGGCAUUCGACGAGCUGAAAGGAAGGUUGCUGUCCGCUCCUGUCCUCCAGCACUAUGACGAGAAGAAACCCCUGUUCCUGUCCUGUGACGCCUCGCCGUACGGACUCGGCGCAGUCCUGGCACAGCCUGACGAUCAAGGAAACGAAGCUCCCAUUGCAUUUGCUUCGCGCACACUGGGGAAAGCUGAGCGCAACUAUGGACAGUUGGAUAAAGAGGGCUUAGCCAUCGUGUUUGCAGUGACACACUUCCACCAGUAUAUCGCAGGGAGAGAAGUAAUCAUCUACAGCGACCACAAACCCCUACUGGGCAUCAUGGGCGCGGACCGCCCGAUUCCUGCAGUUUUAUCUCCACGUAUGACAAGAUGGUGCCUGUUGCUCGGGGCGUACAGCUAUAAACUACAUUACAGGCCGGGAAAACGCCAUCAAAACGCCGACGCCCUCAGCAGACUGCCUCUACCUGUAGAAGAGGAUGAACCGGCGGGACCUGGAGAUGUGCUCAUGAUCGAGGCAGUUUCCAUUCCCCCUCUCACGCCUUCGGCUAUUGCGCAGUCAACUGCACAGGAUACAACCCUCUCAAGAGUGUAUCAAGGUGUACAGUCGGGUUACGUCUCAGAUUGGACCGGGAAAGAUUUUCUGCCCUUCAACGUAAGAAGAAACGAACUUUCUACCCACAAAGGUUGCUUACUUUGGGGUUCGCGAGUGGUUAUUCCCCCAGCGCUACAGUCGCAAGCUCUCACCCUGCUCCACGCUGGCCACAGAGGAAUGACAGCCAUGAAGCACGCUGCAAGAAGUUAUUUCUGGUGGCCACAACUCGACACCGCCAUCGAGAACGCCGUAAGCAGCUGCCACACGUGUCAGCGCUAUGCCAAGUCUCUGCCCAGACAACCACCACCUGUGUGGUCUCGUCCUCGCGUCGCUUGGUCUGUCCUCCACAUGGAUCUCGCUGGACCGAUUCACGGCCAAUCCUACCUUGUUGUAGUUGACGCCGUCACGAAGUGGCUCGAGGUGCGACCCGUGUCCACCGCAACAAGCUCCACCCUCAUCGACGCGCUACGCGCCAUCUUUGCCACUUUCGGACUUCCGCAACUCGUGGUCAGCGAUAAUGGUACCGCCUUCGUUUCCAGCGAGAUGAAGUCGUUCUUCAGCCGCAAUGGUAUACGCCACGUAACCAGCGCCCCAUAUCAUCCCGCUACAAACGGCCAGGCGGAGAGGAUGGUUCAGGAGCUAAAGCGGGCCCUGAAGAAACACACCCAAGGAAGUAUUCAGUGUCGUCUGUCGAGAUUCCUUCUGAACCAGCACACCACAGCGCAUGCGGUAACCAAGGAGACGCCAGCCAAACAAAUGUUUGGAAGGGAAUUGAGGACUGCCCUGGACGCAAUUCACCCGCACUACGAGGACUCGCCCCCCGACACCCAAGCCCAGCUUGACGACCACUUCAAGGUCGGCCAGACCGCGUGGUUCAGGACUUUCACCAAUAAUGGAAAGUGGUGUCAAGUGAAGGUCUGCAGGAAGGUCGGCAAACGUUCCUACGAGGGCCUCACACAGGAUGGACGACUGCUUCGUCGGCAUGUGGAUCACAUGCGCAGGUCCUCUUCGCCGGUUGACAGCCGGUUCACAACCUCUUCGCCGGUUGACAGCCGGUUCACAACCUCUUCGUCGGUUGACAGCCCACCACGUCUCACGACAAGCUUCCGGUUCCCCACUGGUGACAUACAUUCGCCACCUGCAAGGCUACCGGUGCCGCCAAACGACUCGCCUUGCCCCGCAGACGUGGUCCCCGUCACUUCCCAAGCUCGUUCGAGACAUAUUCCUCAAUGGCUUUCCACAGCGGCGGAGCACCCGCCUCACGACGACGCUCCACUACCGGCAGCACCUAGGGACAUCAUAUCGGGGCCUACAUCAUCUCGUGGUAGACCACUCAAGAAACCUGUGCGUUUCGGACAUUCAGUUUCAGACUGA